AUGGAUUUUCUCAGCGACGAACUCGAGCGCAUGGCGACCAACAUCGCCCAAUACACGGGUUCUGAAUCCGAAAUUCCCCUCGACGAUAUCGGCGGCCUCCCUGUCCAUAAGACAGAGCCAGUGCUUCGCCAUGCUCGCCCUGAGAAGUACCCCAAAGGAAGCAGCAUGAACGUCAGCUACCUCAUGAGGCUUGGUGGCCCUCUCUCCACGGUGGCGCAGAUCCAGGUCGCGGCAGGCCUUCAAACUACACCGGCCAUCCUCGAAGGCACGAGUGACGAGGGCGAGCCGGCAAGCUUCUGCCGUCUCUCUCAGGAAGCCAAGCGAACAGUAGAAGCCUGGCUGGUGGAAACCGGUAUCUCGAACCGCGACCGCCCAGCAUUCAUCCGCCUUUCUCAAUCUGCCAAAGAGCUCUCUCCCAACUCUCCAUACCCGACUCUCAGCCUCAAUACCACUCUGCCUCAACACCGCCCAAACAACACCACCACUGUGUUCCACCCACUUCAAAACGAGUGGCCGCUGGUUGGCCUUUUAGGACUUUCCGACGACGAGUAUCCUAUCCUUGAACGCGCCAGCGUCCAAGGUGGAUUCAUUCGUACUUGGGGUGGAAAGUACAAGGUUAUAGUAGACGGUUCGGAGACGGUGCAGGGGUGGGCGUACUGCGUCAAGACUAAGGAGCACGAGGAUAUCCUUCGUACGUAUGAGACGGCGAGGUAUGACGUGGUGAGGUGCAGGAUUGCGAUUGAGGGGAAGGGCGAUGUUUGGGGGUGCGUGUUUCGCUGUGCUGACGAGCGCACUUUGAUCGUAUAG